AUAAAGGACGAAAAUAGGAGCGUAUCGCACGGUUAGCGAGGCCCGCGGUCAUUUGCACGUGUACUGGGGACCUUUCGACUUGCUGAUCUGCUAAAUAAAAUAGCAUCCAACCCGAAGGACUCUGGUGAAUUUUGCUGGAAAGCACCAGCUCAGAUUAGUGGAAGAUGAGUAGCAACGAGUGCUUCGGUUGUGGCCGUUCUGGUCACUGGAUCAAGAACUGCCCCAACGCAGGACGUGGACGUGGCAAGGGCCGCGGGAGAGGGAAAGACCUCUUCUGCUAUCGCUGUGGAGAACCAGGCCAUGUUGCCAGGGACUGUGAGCGGACUGAGGAUGCAUGCUACAACUGCGGACGGGGUGGCCACAUCUCCCGUGACUGCAAGGAGCCCAAGAAGGAGCGCGAGCAGUGCUGCUACAACUGCGGCAAGGCAGGCCACAUGGCACGCGACUGCGAUCAUGCCAACGAGCAGAAGUGCUACUCCUGCGGCGGGUUCGGCCACAUCCAGAAAGGCUGCGAAAAAGUCAAGUGCUAUAGGUGCGGCGAGAUCGGCCAUGUCGCCGUACAGUGCAGCAAGGCGAGCGAAGUUAACUGCUACAACUGCGGCAAGUCUGGGCACUUGGCAAAGGAAUGCACCAUCGAGGCCACAGCUUAAGGCGUUUCCCGCGUGGCCCCUCCUUUUUCUGAUUGAUGGUUGUAUUAUUUCUCUGAAUCCUCUUCACUGGCCAACGGUUGGCAGAUAGAGGCUAGUCCCUGGCCAGUGAGCUCUUGACAUGUAAAAGGAGGAAAGGGGUGGAGAAAAAAAUCCACUUUCUGCAUUUAAUACAAAAAAAAUGUUUAUGUUUAGUUUGGUAGAGGUGUUAUGUAUAAUGCUUUGUUAAAGAACCCCCUUUCCUUGCCACUGGUGAACAGGGAUGAAUGAACAGGAUGAAGAAAUGUGCGGGUAGGGCCCCCCCCCCACUCCAGGCUUGGGGAAGCGAACCUCGGAUGAGAUGGGGGGGGGGUGGGGAGAAAAUAACAAAAUCAUGGAAGUCUGAGGCUUCUGUAAGCGGUUUAAUUUUUUUUUCUCCAUCAAACAGAAACAAAAGUAACGGAGUUGGCCUGAGAAUGUGAGACGGAAGUAGCAGAUAUAAAAAUGUAAGAUGCAGGCAUCCGUCUCUGUGCCUGCUGGCCGUAUGCAUCCAUGUGGAAGUUAACAGAAAAGUCACCGUGAUGAUAAAAGGAAAAAAAAAAACAAUUCGAUUCCAGGAGGUUUCCGAAAACAUAAUCAAGGGGAAGAAGAGAAAAACCCAAAAAGAAAGGAUGAGAUUUCUUUUGUAAAGACUCGAGUAGCUUGUUUUCUUCCGUGCAGGUGUAGCUCGCCUGAAAUGCAGGUUUCGGCCUUAAAAAUUUUUUCUCCCAAAGUAGUUUAGGUCGCUCCACCCAAUGAGGAAACAAAAAAGACUCCAAGAACAGUAGAGAGACGCAGAAAAAGCAGAAUUUGAAGUUAUUUGAGAAAGGAGAAUGUUUUCACAGAAAUCAAAAAUGUUAUUUUUGUACAAUAUAUCACUUAGACUACUGUAAAAAAAUAUCAUUUGCUUGUACUCAGUUUUUAAGUCGGAUGGUAAAUGCAACUUAAAGUCCUAGAACAUAGAAAUGUAAUUUUAAGCUAUCAAUAAAGCUGGAGGAGGAAGGGGAGUGAGACUGAA